GAGCGAUUGUAGAAAAACCCACUUCAAAAUUCCAUGAAAAGGGUGAAAUUCAGAUUUCCAUAAAAAUAAAAUGAUGUAAUAGGAACUGGAAUUUUAGCACCAAACCUCCAACAAAAAACCCGCCUAAAUCUCACAAGUGCGAAGAAGAAAGUAUUUGUUAUUUUCUCCAACGAAAUCAUACAUUAUGUUUUCCAUUGCAGCUAUUAAUGAUACAGAAUCACGGAAUCAGUGGCAGCCGUUAGCCCCAACCAAAGAAGCUCAGGCAAGAGCUCUUACUGUUUGGGAGUGCACAUUAUCAUCUUUUGAAUCUAUUAUUUAUUCAACCAGUAUAUAUGUAAGUUUGAAUGGUGACCUCCCGGAUGGAGUGAUUCUCGGCAGGUGGAAAGUGCAAGUGAUGGUCAUAUUUUACAGCUCAGCUUCCUGCAGAUUUUUGGCGCUAAAAAACCUAGCAACUGUUUUUCUCCAGCAAGGUCGUUCCUGUUAUGACAAAGCUUUAUGUUGCUAUCUUCAAGCUGUAGAGAUUGAUGGUAGAGAUUCUGUUGUCUGGAACCAAUUAGGAACCCUAUCUUGUUCCAUGGGUUCAUUAAGUAUCUCCCGUUGGGCUUUUGAGCAAGGCCUAAUUUGCAGCCCUAGUAACUGGAAUUGCAUGGAGAAACUCUUGGAAGUCCUUAUCGCAAUUGGUGAUGAGGUCGCAUGUCUUUCUGUUGCAAAACUUAUAUUAAGGCACUGGCCAUCUCAUUCUCGGGCAUUGCAUGUCAAGAAUACUAUUGAGGACUCGGAACCAAUUCCUUUCACUCCAAGGGGCAUAGAUAAACUAGAACCAAAACAUAUACGCCUAAAAUUUCCAGAGAAGAGAAAAGCUACUGAUGAGGACUUGGAAAUGACCACAGCAUCUAAAAGGAUGAAGCAAAACAUUGAGAUUCAUCUUUCAGAAGCCUCCUGGAUAGCUCUUGUUGGUGAAUUAGUGGACAUUUUGAAUUCAUCACCUACAUCGGGGGAUGUUAGACUAAGCAUACAGUUGCCUUCAUCUGCUGUAAUUGGUUCUACUGAAAAUAAAGGAUUUAUCCUGCCAGAUGGUGCAGCAAGGCCUUUCGAUAAUUCCGAACCUGUAAAUGAGAAGGAAGGAACCUUAUUUGAUGAACAACCUCAAGAGAGACGAAGCAGUCGUCUCGAAAGGCUCAGGAGCCGCAAACCAGGUAAAGAUGAUUCUUAUUUUUCCACCAGUAAGGAUCCUGCUAAAGUUGUGAAACAAUUUCUGGUGCCUUAUAUAAUGGAGGGAACCCGACCUGCAAAUUGCCCCAGCAAUUCUGAUCCUUCUUUUCAUAGUGCUGAAGUAUUGAGUAAUUCAGUGGACUCGGAAUCUCCUGAUGUUAUUGAAUUUGUCCAGAAUACUUCCAAUAAUUUUGGUGCUUACCACAUGGGUCACUUGCUCUUAGAGAAAAUUGCAAAUAGAAGCAUUUCAUAUCAGGAUAGUAUAACAAAAGUUUUGGACUUAGAGAAGGUUACAAGGCACUGGGGAUUGGAACGAAGUCCUGAGUGUAGUCUUUUUCUUGCGGAGCUGUAUUAUGAUAUGGGGUUACAGUCUUCUGAAACAUUGAUGAGCAACUUCAUAUCAGAAGCAUCCUAUCAUCUUUGUAAGAUUGUGGAAUCUGUAGCUCUGGAAUAUCCAUUUCAUAUCACUGGAGUGAACGGGAAGAUUGACUAUUCAGUAAGGGAUGUCUCGGAGAAUGACCAAAAAGACAACUCGUCCUAUUUAAAUAACAAGAACUGGUUCUGGAUACGAUUUUUCUGGUUAAGUGCACGGCUGUCUCUUUUGGAAGGUGAUAAAGAAAAAGCUCAAAAAGAACUUUCUAUCGUGUUGGCCCUUUUCACAGGUAAGGAUAAGGUGAACAGCCCACGUGGUUCUAUUUGCUUGCCACACAGUAAAAUAAUUAAAGAACUGACUGUUGAUAGGGUCCUUCAUGCAUUAAAUCUGAUUGAGGUUGAUUACUUGUUGAAGAACUCUAUCAGUGGAAUGCUUGAGAAAAGCAUGCAUGCAGAAUGUGUGAAGAUGCUUGCUCCUUGUUUAUUAUCGGCAAAGGAUGUUAAUGUCGAAGUGUUAUGUGAUUUGGGUCGUGAAGAUAAAGGAAACAGUUCAGUUGAGUUAUCGGCAUUAGAUGUUCUGAUCAGGUCGUGUGAAGUGGCAGAACCAAUGGAUAUUGACAUCUACUUGAAUUGUCAUAGAAGGAAACUCAGUAUACUUUUAGCUGGAGCUGUUUUGGAGAGCAAGUCUCCUCAAAACACACCAGGUUUAAAUACUUCUUUGGAAAGUCAGCCAAAAGAAAGCCUCUGGAAGCAUUAUAAUCAUUUAGUUGCUGAAGAGGUGAAGGCUAUUUCUCGGUCUGCAUCACAAAUCAAGGGUAUUAUCAACUCCAGUGAGAAUUCUGUUGCUUACUAUGUUUUGGAAAUCUUAUUGCAGAAAAAAAUUCCCCUAGCAGUCAUUGGUGAUAUCCAGUCUUUACUGCUAACCUAUAUGUGCAAUGUUGCUACAUGCUUCUCUAAAAAGUCAUCUGGGAUUGGUGUUCUGGAGUCAACUGAGCAACCAGAGCAAUGCUGCUUUGUGGAGGCUGCUAUUGCGUUCUUCAAACUAGAGCACCUGGACAUUAAUGUCACGAUCAAAUCUCUAGCGGAGCUGGUUGUUGCAAUUCAUGAUAUGCUUGCCGAGUUUGGGAUCUGUUGUGCUCGGGGAAAUUGUGAAGAACAAGAUGAGACAUUCUUGAAACUUGCAAUUAAGCAUCUUUUGGCCUUAGACAUGAAGCUGAAGUCUACUAACUCUCUGAAUAAGGGUGAACAAACCAAGUUUGAUCGACAGACUUCCAAAAAUGUUCAGCUUAAUAUAGAAUCACGUUUGGUUAUGCUUGAUAAGGAAGUGGGCAAAAUUCAUAAGGAUGAAAGCAAAUCGGCAGAGAAAAAUGUUUCCGGAAGUACGAGUGCUGAAAACUUCUCUUCUGUUUUAGAGAAGGAGCAAAUAGACGUGAAAUAUGACAGUGAUGUUGGCUAUGUGCCUGACAGCAUGUCCAGUGAUGAAGAAACAGUAAAUAGUCAAAAUAUAGCGUGCGGGAAUGAGCUAAAUGAUGAUGAAAGAGAGGAGCUUGAGCUCAUCAUUGAUAAUGCAUUAGAUCAAUGUUUUUACUGUCUGUAUGGUUUGAAUCUGAGAUUAGAUUCAUCUACUGAAGAGGAAUUAGUGAAACAUAAAAACACAAGCCAAGGAGAUUACCAGACUAAAGAACAGUGUGCAGACGUGUUUCAGUAUAUACUUCCAUAUGCAAGAGCUUCAUCAAAAACUGGGAUGGUUAAACUUAGGAGGGUGCUGAGAGCCAUACGCAAACACUUUCCUAAACCGCCUGACAGGGAUUUGGCUGGAAAUCCAAUUGAAAAAUUCUUAGAUAAUCCUGAAUUAUGUGAAGAUAAACUCUCAGAAGAGGCUGGGUCUGAAGGAUUUUUGAGUACCAUGAGGAAGAUUGUGUUUUCAGAGGAUGAACCCCCCAAACAUCAAAACUCGUCGUCACUGGAAAGGUAUAAUUGGGUACCUCAUUUCUCGGACCCAUUCCUGGAAGUUUAUCAGAAUUUGUAUUAUCUUCUUGCACAGUCCGAAGAACUUAGCGCCACUGAUAAAUGGGCUGGUUUCGUUCUAACUAAGGAAGGGGAAGAAUUUGUAGAUAAUAAUGCAAAUCUCUUCAAAUAUGAUUUGAUAUAUAAUCCUCUCCGUUUUGAAAGUUGGCAGAGCCUUGCAAAUAUAUAUGAUGAGGAGGUGGACUUGCUGCUUAAUGAUGGCAGUAAACAAAUAAAUGUAUCGGGAUGGAGGAAAAGUGUUUCUCUACCUCACAGAGUUGAAUCAAGCCGUAGAAGGAGCAGGCGAUGCUUAUUGAUGACUUUAGCUUUGGCAAAGACAGCAACUCAACAGGGUGAGAUACACGAGCUUUUGGCAUUAGUUUAUUAUGACGGUCUUCAGAAUGUGGUACCAUUUUAUGAUCAGAGGUCUGUCGUGCCCCUAAAAGAUGCAGCAUGGAAGAUGUUUUGCCAGAAUUCUAUGAGCCACUUCAACAAAGCCUUAAAACACAAGGAGGAUUGGUCUCAUGCAUUUUAUAUGGGUAAACUCUCUGAGAAACUUGGAUACCCUGAUGAUACAUCAUUCUCAUACUAUGCUAAGGCUAUCAUCAUGAACCCGUCAGCUGUUGCUGCAGCACAUUCAUUUGCUCAAUCCACAAAAGAUACCGUUACAAAUCUUUUGAGUAGACUUGAUUGUGAAACUCCAGAGACAUUAACGCAUACCAAGGAUGGUUUAUCCAAUAGCAACUCUGAGGUGAUAGCCUUAACCAAAUUUGAAAAGGCGUGGAAUAUUCUUUACAGUGAUUGCCUUUCUGCCUUAGAGACGUGUGUGGAAGGAGACCUUAAGCAUUUUCACAAAGCCCGGUAUAUGCUUGCUCAAGGGUAUUACAGGAGAGGUGGUACUGGGGAUCUUGAGAAAGCAAAGGAGGAACUCUCUUUUUGCUUUAAGUCAUCUCGUUCGUCGUUUACGAUCAAUAUGUGGGAGAUUGACAGUAUGGUCAAGAAAGGAAGACGCAAGACUCCAGGUCCUUGUCACAGGCGAUCUCUUGAAGUCAACUUGGCAGAAAGUUCUCGUAAAUUUAUAACUUGCAUCAGGAAGUACAUCUUGUUCUACUUGAAGUUAUUGGAGGAGACUGGAGAUAACACUACCCUUGAACGGGCUUAUAUCUGUCUUAAGGCAGAUAAACGGUUCUCUUUGUGCCUUGAAGAUCUUGUGCCAGUGGCUCUUGGGAGGUAUAUUAAGGCCUUAAUUACGUCCAUAUGUCAAGCCAGUAGUGGCUCUUAUACUGCUACAGACCAAGUUGAGCAUUUGCUGGAGAAGCUAUUCAACUUGUUUUUGGAGCAGGUGAAUUUGUGGUCAGAUAUUUGCAAUUUGCCUGAGCUCAAAAGCCCAGAACUGACUGAAAGCAGCCUCUAUGGAUAUAUCUAUCAGUAUAUUCAGCUAUUAGAGAGAAAUAUCAAAUUCGAAACACUUGAAGGAAUAAAUGAGAAGAUCCGUAAGCGUUUGAAGAAUCCAAAAUUGUCUAACAGCAACCUUUGCAAAGUGUACAAGCAUGUUUCUGCAGCCUGGUGUAGAUCACUCGUCAUCAGUAUGGUUUUAAUAACACCCUUGCACUCGAGAAUUUCGACCGAGAUUCAUGGUAUGGACUCUUCGAGUGGUGGGCUGGAAAUCGAACAGCUUCUGUGUGUCGAUCUCCAGCCUGAGGAAUUGUGGAGUUCGGCUUUUGAAGAUGUAAAUCAUCUCAAGGCUCUUGAAAAUAAAUGGAACCCUUCACUGUCUAAGAUAAAGAAUGUCAUAAUCAAGAGAGUCUCAGAUGAGGAUUUGGAAACUGCAGCCACACUGCUCAAAUCUUCUUAUAAUUUCUAUAAGGACACAUCAUGUUCACUGCUUCCUUCUGGCGUAAAUCUUUAUAUUGUGCCAGCUCAGCUUGGGACAGAGACUUAUGUCCAGCCUGGCAUUGAGGGGAUCGACAUACUGGACAUGAAUACUUCACGGAAGCUCCUUUUGUGGGCUUAUUCGCUAUUGCACGGUCAUUAUGUGAAUAUCUCCCAUGUUAUCAAGCACUGUGAAGAAAAUGUGAGGUUAAGGAUUAGGAAGGGAACAGGAGGUACGUCCACUCCUUCAAAUGCACAAACACCAACUAACGCUGCUUCUCAAAUGGGUGGUGGCGCUAAAGAUGGUAUUGGCAAAACCAGCGAGGCUGAAACUGUUACACUUACACCUCCUUCAUUGCCUGAAACACAAAAUUUGUCAGAGACCUCGAAGAACACACAAAGAGAACCUUCCACUUUGCCAGAGAAUGAUAAUACACAAAAUUCAUUACAAGAUUGUGUGGCAGAGAAAAAAGGAAAUGGAAACAUAGCUAAGGUGCCGUCAGCACCAUUAUCUCCAUUUGGGGAGACAAAUAACAGCAUGAAAAGUGCGUUGCCAAAGAUUGAUGAUGAUGAAGCCAGUGAAGUUUAACUCCACUUGAUUGCUGUGAAGUCAUUCAUGGUGCCCUUGGGUGAGUCGCAAGUCCAAUUAGUAUACUAUUCAGGGGUGGUUUUCUGAAAAUGAAUUUAAUUAGUUGUACAAGAUACACGGUGUUUUCUCAGUGUAAAGAUUAGGUGCUUAAAUGACAGUUGUGUUUAGAUGUGGAUUUUUCGUGCAGAUUUUUCGUGCAGUUGUGUUUAGGUUGUGCUUAAAUUGUAUUUUAUUGGCCAUUGUCACUUUUUUUUAUAUAAUAAUAUCAUUGGACCCUGGAUUUAUUUUUCCAUAAGA